CCACCAUUUCGUCUUUUAAAGCCUUUUUAUAACCAUGUCGGAUACCCCAGGUUCGUUGGAGUCGUCUGCUUCAACGGGUGCUACACCUAUGAGUUCCGUUUCCCCAAUCUCCAAGGAGCAGCAUGUAAUGCAAAGGACUUUGUCAGCCAUAACAAGUUACCUCGACUGUAACGUAGAAGGUACCCUGUUGGACUUUUCCUUGCUUCGUCGCUUAAACGAAGCAUCUACCAACCACUUUGCGGAACUGAACGGGUCUGCGAAUGAGAUUGCACGAAAGUUAACCGACGUGAAUGAACGAUAUCUGGCUCUCAAAUCAUCUCUGAGGAAGUUGGAUGAGUUUGACACAAAGAUCAGGCAGCUGGAGGACGCAGCUGCCGCCGUUGAACAAUAUACAAAACAGCUUGAAACACAAAUUCAUGAAGUCGAACACAGCUAAUCAUGUGGCAUACGGCAGGUUAUUGUACGUGCGCAGCGUCCACAAUCUGUGCAGCUGGUGACAUCACAAGAACUGCAUAAUUUUCCCUCAUGCCCAUUUGUAACUUUUUCAAUAAAUUUUUUUCUUACUUUGUUCUUUCAGUUUGUAAUUCGACCAUAUAAACAUGAUCCACCUG